AUGGACAUGGGUAGACAGGAGACUCUUUCGCAUGGCCUCGCGGACAUGCCGGAUGGUAACCCGGUAACCAUAGCGACUGCCAGAGGCUUGGUCGAUGGCGAUGCCGCCGCGAGAGACGGUGAGAGCGAGAGCAGCGGCGACUCGUACCGGGACGCGGAGAGCUUCUCGUCUUCUGGCGAGUCUACCCUUAACGAGUACGGGCAAGAGGGCGACGAAGAUGAGAGUCUCAGCAGCCACGCCGGCGACGACGAGGGGGACGAAAUCGCGGAGGCUUAUAACGGGGCGAAGAAGAGAACAUGGCCGUUGGUGGUUAGCAUGCGGGAGUUGUGGUGGUGGCAGCAGGUGGUGCUGGUGCUGCUGGUGGCCGUGGGAUUAACCGGAGUGGCUGCUGCCAUGGCUGCCACGGCCAAAGUGGGCGACUUGCUGUUCCUGCCUGCGCCUGUCUGGCCUCCCACGGGCCUCGCCCUCUUCGCUGUCCUCGCGCUGGGUUACCGCAUCUGGCCGGCGCUUUUCCUCUCAGGAACGGCCCUCUCGCUCACCUACGGCGCCCUGCACGUCACUCUCCCGCGCCUGCAGCUGAUCCUCUACUCCCUCGUCAUCGCCACCGACCGCACGCUCUUCGUGCUCCUCCUCGCCUUCUUCCUCAUGCGCUUCCUCCGCCCCCAGCCCACCGACCUCACCCCUCUCGACCGCGACCUGAAGAAGUCCAAGGAGGAGUUGGAGGAGGCAGGGAGGGCCAAGACGGAGUUUCUAGCCAACAUGAGCCACGAGAUACGCACGCCCAUUCACGGCAUCAUCGGCAUGACAGCUCUCGCCAUGGAUACCCUCGAGUCCCUCCGAGCCAUCCCUCUGCCGCCCAUACCACCACCCCACUCCUCCUCCCACUCCGCCUCUGCUGCCGCCGCCGCCGCAGUGGCAGCGCUGGCGGAGCGGAGCGAUCUAACGGUGGAGGUGCACGAGCAUCUGACGGUGGUGGCGCAAUCAGCGGAUUGUCUGCUGAACAUCGCCAACACAGUGUUGGAUCUUGCGAGGAUAGAGGCAGGGCAGCUGGCUCUCGAUAAAGUGCCAUUCAGAUUGAGGGAUGUCGUUGGUUCCACCAUGCGCAUGCUGCAGGUGCGAGCAGAGCAGAAGCAGCUGGGCUUCUCAUGGCACGUGGCGGAGAAGGUGCCUCUGGAGCUCAUGGGGGACCCUGGCCGAUUACAGCAAUGCCUCAUCAAUCUUGUCCAUAAUUCGAGUUUCUUCUGA